CCGCGGCCUCUAAAGCGGGCCGGGGCGCGGGGGGGCGCCGAGUUUGACUAGUUUGGGGGCCGCCCGUCGCUUGGCGCCGCUCCCGCCGCGCCCCGCGAGCAGCGACUCAGCCGGGCCGAGUGCGUCCCGCCCGCUCCCGCGGGGACCCGCACUGGCGGCUGGGCGGCGCUCGGCGAAAGUGGGCCCCUCGCGGGCCGGCGGGCGGGCGGGCGGGCGCAGCCAUGGAGCCCCGCAGCAUGGAGUACUUCAGCGCCCAGGUGCAGCAGAAGGACGUCGGCGGCCGGCUGCAGAUCGGCCAGGAGCUCCUGCUCUACCUCGGCGACCCCGGCGCCAUUCCGGACCUGGAGGAGGACCUGGGCCGCCUGGGCAAGACAGUAGACGCGCUCACCGGCUGGGUGGGCUCGAGCAACUACCGGGUAUCACUAAUGGGAUUAGAACUUUUAAGUGCCUUUGUGGACAGAUUAUCAACACGAUUUAAAUCCUAUGUAGCAAUGGUUAUUGUAGCUUUAAUAGACAGAAUGGGAGAUGCCAAAGACAAGGUUCGAGAUGAAGCACAAACUCUGUUACUGAAGUUAAUGGAUCAAGUAGCACCCCCUAUGUACAUUUGGGAACAGUUGGCUUCUGGUUUUAAGCACAAGAAUUUUCGGUCUCGAGAAGGCAUGUGUCUGUGUCUUAUUGAAACCUUAAACACUUUUGGGGCUCAGCCACUAGUCAUCAGCAAGUUGGUACCGCAUUUGUGUAUCCUAUUUGGAGAUUCCAACAGUCAGGUGAGAAAUGCUGCAAUAUUGGCCAUAGUGGAGAUUUAUAGACACGUGGGAGAGAAAGUGAGGGUGGAUCUUUGUAAGAGAGGAAUUCCUCCUGCUAGAUUAGAAAUGAUAUUUGCCAAAUUUGAUGAAGUGCAAAGUUCGGAUGGUAUGGUUUUGAGUUUCUGCAAAGAUAAAAGCUUUGAUGAUGAAGAAUCAGUGGAUGGAAAUAGGCCGUCAUCAGCUGCUUCCACCUUCAAGGUUCCUGUACCUAAAACACCCGGAAAUCCUGUCAACAGUGCAAGGAAGCCUGGAUCAGCAGGUGGCCCUAAGGUUGGAGCAGGUGCUUCUAAGGAAGGAGGUGCUGGAGCAGUUGAUGAAGAUGAUUUUAUAAAAGCUUUUACAGAUGUCCCUUCUAUUCAGAUCUAUUCUAGUCGAGAACUUGAAGAAACUUUAAAUAAAAUCAGGGAAAUUUUGUCAGAUGACAAACAUGAUUGGGAUCAGCGUGCCAAUGCACUUAAGAAAAUUCGCUCACUCCUUGUUGCUGGAGCUGCACAAUAUGAUUGCUUUUUCCAACACUUACGCUUGUUGGAUGGAGCACUUAAACUUUCAGCUAAGGAUCUUAGAUCCCAGGUGGUUAGAGAAGCUUGCAUUACUGUAGCUCAUCUUUCAACAGUUUUGGGAAACAAGUUUGAUCAUGGUGCUGAAGCCAUUGUACCUACACUUUUUAAUCUUGUCCCAAAUAGUGCAAAAGUCAUGGCAACCUCUGGAUGUGCAGCAAUCAGAUUCAUCAUUCGGCAUACUCAUGUACCCAGACUUAUACCUUUAAUAACAAGCAAUUGCACAUCAAAAUCAGUGCCUGUGAGGAGGCGUUCAUUUGAAUUUUUAGAUUUGUUGUUACAAGAGUGGCAGACACAUUCACUGGAACGACAUGCAGCUGUCUUGGUUGAAACAAUUAAAAAGGGAAUUCAUGAUGCGGAUGCUGAAGCCAGAGUGGAGGCAAGAAAGACAUAUAUGGGUCUCAGGAGCCACUUUCCUGGUGAAGCUGAAACACUGUAUAAUUCCCUUGAACCAUCUUAUCAAAAGAGUCUUCAAACUUACUUAAAGAGUUCUGGCAGUGUAGCAUCUCUUCCACAAUCAGACAGGUCCUCAUCUAGCUCACAAGAAAGUCUCAAUCGCCCUUUUUCUUCCAAAUGGUCUACAGCAAAUCCAUCAACUGUGUCUGGAAGAGUAUCAUCAGGCAGCAGCAAAUCCAGUUCCCUUCCAGGAAGCCUGCAACGCUCACGAAGUGACAUUGAUGUGAAUGCUGCUGCUGGUGCCAAGGCACAUCAUGCUGCUGGACAGUCUGUGCGAAAUGGGCGGUUAGGUGCAGGUGCCCUGAAUCCAGGUUCCUAUGCAUCACUAGAGGAUACUUCUGACAAGAUGGAUGGAACAGCGUCUGAAGAUGGCCGGGUAAGAGCAAAGCUUUCAGCACCACUUGCAGGCAUGGGAAAUGCCAAGACAGAUUCUAGAGGAAGAAGUCGAACAAAAAUGGUGUCUCAGUCACAGCGUUCAUCAUCACCUGACAAAAACGAAGCUGGCAGCCGGUCUGGGUCUCCAGGAAGAGUUCUGACUACGACAGCCCUCUCCACUGUGAGCUCUGGUGUUCAAAGAGUGCUGGUCAAUUCAGCCUCAGCGCAGAAGAGAAGCAAGAUACCACGGAGCCAGGGCUGUAGCAGAGAGGCUAGUCCAUCUAGGCUUUCAGUGGCCCGAAGCAGUCGUAUUCCUCGACCAAGUGUGAGUCAAGGAUGCAGCCGGGAAGCUAGUCGGGAGAGCAGCAGGGACACAAGUCCUGUUCGCUCUUUUCAGCCCCUUGGUCUUGGGUAUGGGAUGAGCCAGUCAAGCCGAUUGUCAUCUUCUGUCAGUGCCAUGCGAGUCCUGAACACAGGUUCCGACGUGGAGGAGGCGGUAGCAGAUGCCUUGAAAAAACCUGCUCGAAGAAGAUAUGAAUCCUAUGGAAUGCAUUCAGAUGAUGAUGCCAACAGUGAUGCGUCCAGUGCUUGUUCAGAACGUUCCUAUAGUUCUCGAAAUGGUAGUAUUCCUACAUAUAUGAGGCAGACAGAAGAUGUGGCAGAAGUUCUCAAUAGAUGUGCUAGUUCCAAUUGGUCAGAAAGGAAGGAAGGCCUCCUGGGUCUGCAGAACUUAUUAAAAAAUCAGAGAACGCUAAGUCGAGUUGAACUGAAAAGAUUAUGUGAGAUUUUCACAAGAAUGUUUGCUGAUCCUCAUGGCAAGGUAUUCAGCAUGUUUUUGGAGACUCUUGUGGAUUUCAUACAAGUCCACAAAGAUGACCUUCAAGAUUGGUUGUUUGUACUUCUGACACAACUACUAAAAAAAAUGGGUGCUGAUUUGCUUGGAUCUGUUCAGGCAAAAGUUCAGAAAGCCCUUGAUGUUACAAGAGAAUCUUUUCCAAAUGAUCUUCAGUUCAAUAUUCUAAUGAGAUUUACAGUUGAUCAGACCCAAACACCAAGUUUGAAGACAGUCAAGCCAGCACUUCGGGACCAGCUUCACUCUUUUUGGAGUUCCAAGGUGAAAGUUGCUAUCCUUAAAUACAUUGAAACUUUGGCCAAGCAGAUGGAUCCAGGAGAUUUUAUAAAUUCCAGUGAAACUCGCCUGGCUGUGUCUCGGGUCAUCACUUGGACAACAGAACCCAAAAGUUCUGAUGUUCGGAAGGCAGCACAAUCUGUGCUGAUUUCUUUAUUUGAACUCAAUACCCCAGAGUUUACAAUGUUAUUAGGAGCUUUACCAAAAACUUUUCAGGAUGGUGCUACCAAGCUACUUCAUAAUCACCUUCGAAACACUGGCAAUGGAACCCAGAGUUCCAUGGGGAGUCCUUUGACAAGACCAACACCACGAUCACCAGCCAACUGGUCCAGUCCUCUUACUUCUCCUACCAAUACAUCACAGAAUACUUUAUCUCCAAGUGCAUUUGAUUAUGACACAGAAAAUAUGAACUCUGAAGAUAUUUAUAGUUCUCUUAGAGGUGUUACUGAAGCAAUACAGAAUUUCAGCUUCCGUAGUCAAGAGGAUAUGAACGAACCAUUGAAAAGGGAUUCUAAAAAAGAUGAUGGUGAUUCAAUAUGUGGUGGUCCUGGGAUGUCUGACCCAAGAGCUGGAGGUGAUGCUACUGAUUCAAGCCAAACAGCUCUUGAUAAUAAAGCUUCAAUGCUCCAUUCGAUGCCUGCCCACUCCUCUCCACGCUCUCGAGACUAUAAUCCAUAUAACUACUCAGAUACCAUCAGUCCCUUCAACAAGUCUGCUCUCAAGGAAGCCAUGUUUGAUGAUGAUGCUGACCAGUUUCCUGAUGAUCUUUCCCUAGACCAUUCUGACCUGGUUGCAGAGUUGUUGAAGGAGCUCUCUAACCAUAAUGAACGUGUAGAAGAAAGAAAAAUCGCCCUCUAUGAACUCAUGAAACUGACACAGGAAGAAUCUUUCAGUGUUUGGGAUGAGCACUUCAAAACAAUAUUGCUUUUAUUACUUGAAACCCUUGGGGAUAAAGAGCCUACGAUCAGGGCUUUGGCAUUAAAGGUUUUAAGAGAAAUCCUAAGGCAUCAACCAGCAAGAUUUAAAAACUAUGCAGAACUGACUGUUAUGAAAACAUUAGAAGCACAUAAAGAUCCUCACAAGGAGGUGGUGAGAUCUGCUGAGGAAGCUGCAUCAGUGUUGGCCACUUCAAUUAGUCCAGAGCAGUGCAUCAAAGUGCUUUGUCCUAUCAUCCAAACUGCUGAUUACCCAAUUAAUCUGGCUGCAAUCAAAAUGCAAACAAAAGUGAUAGAGAGAGUAUCCAAGGAAACACUUAACCUGCUUUUGCCAGAGAUUAUACCAGGCCUAAUACAGGGUUAUGAUAAUUCAGAGAGCAGUGUUCGGAAAGCUUGUGUCUUCUGCCUGGUGGCUGUUCAUGCAGUAAUUGGUGAUGAACUAACACCGCAUCUCAGUCAACUCACUGGCAGUAAAAUGAAGCUACUGAAUCUUUACAUCAAACGUGCACAGACAGGUUCUGGAGGAGCUGAUCCUACUACUGACGUUUCUGGACAAAGUUAGUGAAGCUCAUCGAAGUGGACCAGGUCUCUCAAAGAAAGGACAGACAGACCACCCUCGUCAAUGAAAGGAAAUUCUCAAAUACAUCUUCUGGAACUUAACCAUUGUUUUCCAGUUUUAGUUUUUUGUUUUGUUUUGUUUGUAUUUUCUGUAACAGAGGCCUAUCCUCAGUCUGCAUGUAACUUUUAUGAUAGUUAUUCCAAAUUCAAGAAGAAGCAGUAUUAACAUCAAUUGAUCAAUACAAAGUAAUUUUUAACCUAAUUCAUCAUUUCACAUGUUUGUACUUCUUUGUCUUCCCAUUAACCUUUGCCAGUGUUAUGAUUGUAUAAAUUUUUUUAAAUGCUGGUUAAACAGGAAUGCUUAAAGCUUUAAAAGUUUAACUUUUUUUUGCCUUUAUUCAAUUGACGAAUAAUAUUUUUUUUGCUACUUUGAGUUUUGUUCUGUAUCAUGUCCUAUGCUAGAGAUAUUGAAAUGAUGUGAAACAAAGCAGGACUAAUUUUAACUUCAGCUGGACUCUGUUGGUGUGAUGGUGAUACAUGUUAUUAGUUGCAAUUCCUUUGGGGUGAUCUGUAGUUUGAAAACUGAGACCUCAAAGAGAAAUAUUACAGAAUCAGCCAAUUCUGUAAAACUCAUAUUGUUUGUUGGUUAUUGAUCUUCCCAUCUUUAUUUAAAACCAUGUCCUUUCUAUGAUCCCUUAAGAAAGCUGCACCAAAUCAUCUGCCCGUUUUUUUCUUGAUACUUAUUAAAAUAGAAGGUUUCAUUGCAGGGUUUUUGGUUUGUUUAUCUUUGUUGUGAAUGAUGCUUUUUUUUUUUUUGUAUUUAUUAAUAUCAAAUUCACUUAUGAAUAAACUUAAUAGUGUGUAAGAAAAUAAUCUAAGUGAUUCAUUUUCAGAAAUUAAUUCAGGCCCAGCCUGAAAGUUGUCUGGUUCAGCCCAUUCCUGGGGGGUCGCUGAAUAGAUAAAGUUGUCCUUAAGCUGGUAAUGAGUUACCAGCCCUUAAUUGUUUACUUCAAAUGCAUAAGGUUCUCCUUGAGAUGGUAGUAAAUUAAUAGCCCUUUAUUGUUCUCUUCAUUUCCUAAUGUUUCUCCUUUAACAGGGUUUCAGGGGCCUCUUUCGCAGACUUGUCCUGAGCCCUCAGACAAAGAAAUUUCUUACAAGGGGGUUAAUACAUUGGGGUAAUGUUAGACGUCAUCCGGGAAGAUUGUGCGCCCCAACCAAUGAGGAGGCAGGGGCAGGGACUUGCACACUAGGAAAUAAAUUGCUUGCUGUAGCGCUUUUCCGGUUGCCUGCCCAUCAGACACCUGAACCUUGCAAGGCUGUAAUUAAAGUGUCCCUUCACUGUACAUCAUGUCUCCGUGUCCAUCCUUUGGCCUUUGACAGAUGAGGGCAUUUCUCACAUAGUGGAAACAAGCAAACAAACAACAACAAAAAUCAGUGCAUGUGUGUCCUUGACCGUCUUCUGUUUCUCAUUUAAUAAGAAAACUAAUUAUUGAGACAUGGGAAUCGACCAGCACCUUUUUUAAAAAUGGUGGAACCUGGUUUCCUUUUACCAUGAAAUUGUCUUACUUGAAAAUAUCGAUCCUGAUGAGAGAGAAGAUGGUGCCAAGGCUAUCUUUGUAUAAUGGGCUCAAAUUCUCUACCUCGUCAGGGCUAAUACUUUUAACUGAGCUGCUGCCUAUAGUGUCUUUUGGAAAACUACUUAAAGGUUGAUUUUCUGUUACUUUUAACAAAUUAUUUUAAUCACUUUUUGCUACACCCGUUCUUUUCCUGUGCAGCCAAUUUUCAAAAAUUACCAGUUUUGGUGAAAGGCCAAAGUAGAUAAUUUGGAACCGGGAUACUGAUGAUUUCUCAUCUUGACUUUUUUUAAUCCUAACUUAAAGUGAAUUUGACUGGAAAGGCGAAUAGCUAUUAGGGAAGCAAUUUGCUAUUGUUACAGAGUUAUCUGUACUUUGUUUAACUGAAAUGUAGAAAUGUAUGUAAAGAGUUUAAGACAAGAGUACCGAAUGGAUGAUUUGUCAUAGGCUUUUUCCUCCUUUGUUUCUGUUCUAGCAGCAAGAAAGGAGUUUCUCUAUAUCCUCUCCCCCUUACCUGUAACAGUUUUGUUUUCUACUGUUAAUUACAUUGUGUAUUUAUAGUUCUAUGCUUACUGUUGUGCAUAUACUGGCAAUAAAACUGUAUAUAACACUACUUGAAAAAAUUAAUAAUGUAUAUCAGCUGUUUUUCUGUCUCCCUGUGUAACAAGUCAUUUAUAACGAGGUUGUGUUUUUUUUCCUUAACUUUAGAAGGUCUUGUAUCAAUGGUGUUCUCAUGAAUUUUGUAAGUGCAUCUGAGGAGAAAAGAUAUAUAAG